AUGACCGAAGAAGUGUAUCACGAGCGCCAGAUAUUCUAUCGCUGUGGUCUCCAUGCUCUGAACAACGUACUCCAAGGCCCCAUAUUCACGAAAAGCUCACUUGAUGAUACCUGUUCUGAAUUGACAACUCGAAUCGAUCAGACUGGUAACAAUGGACUGCUACAUUGGGUCUGGAACCCACACAAAGCUCCAAUGGGUCUUGGGAACUAUGAUAUCAAUCUAUUGACUCUAGCUCUACAGCAAAAAGGAUACGAGAUGCAAUGGAUCGACAAGCGAUUGCCCGUGGAUGAGAAAUUGAUCCCGUUUGAUGAGGUGGAAGGAGUUCUGUGCAAUGUGAUCAUGACGACGACGUUCAGCAGUCUAUGGGUGCAGAGGCACUGGUUUGCUAUUCGGAAAAUUCAAGGCGUUUGCUACAAUUUGGACUCGAAAUUACCAGCUCCAGUGCCAUUUGAAGGAGAGACCGAGUGCUAUCAAUUCUUGCAAGAACUUGUGAAGACUGGCGAGUGCGAAUUGUUUGUGAUUAUGAAGGAGAGAACAAGGAGAUGA